AUGUCUGAUACUACAAAAUCAACUUUAAGUAGUAAUGAACAUGCAUUUCCAAGAGGUGGUAAUACAAAAUUAACACCAUUAGAAGUCAAAGAAAUAUCAAAUGAAGCAACAAAAGAUGUUUUAUUUGAAAUUAAUGAAAAGAAAAGAUUGAAUGAAUCAAAUCAAGAAAAUAGUAAAAUUAAACAACGUAAGAAAUCAAGAAGAGGAACAACCAAAACUACCAAAUCAGAAGAUAAAGAUAAUGAAGAAGAAUCAAAUAAAGUAUCCAUUGAAUAUUUAAAUUUCAAAAACUUAUUUCCUGGAUCUUUAGUGUUUGGUCAAAUUCAAUUCAUAAAUAAAUUAGAUAUAGUAUUAGCAUUAGAAAAUAACUUAGUUGGUUAUAUACCCAUUACCUCCAUAAGUCCACAAAUUACACAAAUGAUAAGCAAAUAUGAAAAUGAAAGUGAGGAAGAAGAAGCAGAAGAUGAUGACGAAGAUGAAGAAAUCACAACCGUAGCAAAUAUGAAAAAGCAAAAAGAAUUUCCUGACUUGAAAUCCAUAUUCAAAAUUGGAUCAUGGUUAAAAGCCAAAGUUGUUGAAUCAAGUGAUGAAAAUAAUCAAAAGAGAAAAAGAAUUGAAUUAAACAUUGAACCAGAAUCAGUUAAUAAUGGAUUGGAAAAAGAAGAUUUAAUUAUUGGUAAUGUAUUACAAGCAUCUAUAAAAUCCAUCGAAGAUCAUGGUAUAAUCUUGGACUUGGGAAUUGAAGGAUACUCAGGGUUUAUACUAAAUAAAGAUAUAGAUGAGGAAUCUAUCAUUAAGAAAGAAGGGUCAGUAUUAUCAGCCACUAUAAGUUUGAAACCAUCUGGAAGAAUAAUUAAUUUAAAACCACUUAAUUCAAGUACCACCAAAAAGGCAAUCACUACAAUAUCAUCAAUCGAUGCCAUUCAACCAGGUAUUAUAGUAGAUGCAUUAGUAAAUGAAAAUUCAGAGUCAGGAAUAACUACAAAAGUAUUUGGAUUAGUUGAUGGUACAAUUAACUUAUCAGAUUUACAAGAUUUCAAUUUAGCAAAUAUAAAAGAAAAAUUUGCAAUUGGUAAUAUUGUAAAAGCAAGAAUUUUGUCAAUCAUAUCUAAAAAUGGAGUCAAACACUUAAUAUUAUCAGUAAUACCUCAUGUUCUAAAUUUACAAAAUCAAGAAUUCAAAACUGAAUCAUUAGAAGCAUUCCCAGUUGGUCAUGUUUUCGAAGAUAUAGAAAUUAUUGGAUCAGAUAGUGAAUACAUAUUUGCAAAAUUUGGUUCAAAUUCAUUAUAUGGACAAAUUCAUAAUUCAAAUAUCGAUAACAAAAAGACAUUAAUUGAUUACCCAAUAGGAUCAAAACAUGAAGCAAGAGUAAUAGGUUUCAAUAUAAUUGAUAACAUAUUGAUAUUGUCAUUGGAUCCUACCACAAUAAAUGCUGAAUAUUUAAGCGUAAGAGAUAUACCUAUUGGUACUUCAAUAAAUUGUGAGAUUACGAAAGUUUUACCAGAUGCUGGUGGUAUACAAGUUAAAUUAUUUGAUAAUUUUAAUGGAUUUGUCCCAUCAAACCAAAUGUCCGACAUAAAAUUAGUAUAUCCAGAAAAAAAAUUCAGAAUUGGGUCAAAAGUGAAAGGUAGAUUAUUGAACCACGAUAAAAAGACUCCACAAAUAACAUUAAGAAAAUCAUUAAUUAAUCUUGAUAACGAUGAAGUACUAUACAAAUUUGAUCAAGCUGAAGUUGGAUUCAAGACAAAUGCAACUGUUGAAAAAUUUGUUCAUGGUGGUGCUAUAGUUUCAUUUUUUGGUUCAUUAAAAGCAUUUUUACCUAAAAAUGAAAUAUCAGAAACUUUUGUUGAUGAUGCAAGUAAAUAUUUAAAAUUAAAUCAAGUUGUUAAAGUUAAAAUUUUGGAUAUUUUAAAAGAUCAAAAAAGAUUAAUUGUUACGUUAAAACAAUCAACUUCUUUAUCAAAUGCUCAAAGAGAUGAAAUCAAUAAAUUAAUACCCGGUGAAUCUAUUGUAAAUGCAGUUGUUGCUGAAAAAACAAAUAAUUCAGUAUUGGUAGAAAUAGAUGGUUCAAAUUUACGAGGUGUAAUUUAUGAUGGACAAUUAUCGGAUGGAAAUUAUGAACAAAAUCGUGCAUUAUUAAAAACAACAAAAGUAUCAUCAAGUAUAGAAGUUUUGAUAUUGGAAAAAGAUUUAAAAGCAAGAACAGUUAUAGCCACUGCCAAAAAAUCAUUAAUUGAAGCAUCAAGAAAAAAACAAUUCCCAAUUGAUUUAAAUGAUAUUCAACAAAAUAAAAUUAUAAAAGGUUAUGCGAAAUCAGUCACUAAUUUGGGUUUGUUUGUAUGUUUCACAGGUAGAUUAACAGGAUUAAUUUUAGCAAAAUAUGCAAUUAAAAAUUCAAAUGAAGAUAUUCACAAGAAAUUUUAUAAGAAUCAAUCAUUGACUUGUAAAGUAUUAAGUGUUGAUUUAGAAAAUAAAAGAUUCUUGUUGACUUUAGCAUCAAGUAAUGAGAUGAAUGAUGAUGAAGUUGCCAAUCCAGUAGAUACAACUAAAAAAUUAAUAACUGAUUAUACCAAUGGAGUUGAAACUUCCUGUAUAAUCAAAUCAAUAAAAGGAACUCAAAUUAAUGUACAGUUAGCUGAUAAUUUACAAGGUCGUAUUGAUAUUACUCAAUGUUUUAAUUCCAUUAAAGAUAUUAAGAAUUUGAAUCAACCAUUAUCAACUUUCAAAAAAGGUGAAAAAUUAAACGUGAAAGUCAUUGGGAUUCAUGAUGUUAAAAAUCAUAGUUUCUUACCAAUUACUCAUAAAAAAUCAAAUAAACAAAACAUUUUGGAAUUGUCAUUAGUUGAUUCAAAACUUGAUGGCAAAAGUUUAAGUGAAUUAAAAAUCUCAGAUUUUAAAGAAAAUGAAGACAUAUUAUGUUUUGUCAAUAAUAUUGAUAAAGGUUUUGUAUGGGUAUCAAUAACUCCACAAAUUAAAGGUAGAAUAUCAUUUUUUGAUUUAAGUAAUAAUGGAGAAAUUUUUAAUGAAGAUAUUGAUAAUAAAUUUCCAAUUGGUUCUGCAUUAAAAGCUAAAAUUAAGGAAAUUGACUUGGAGCAUAAAAUUAUAGAAUUAAGUUUAAGAGAUAAAUAUGUUGAAGAUAUUAAAGAUUUACAAAAAGGUACAAGUUAUCCUGCAAGAAUUAUAAAAGUAAAAGAAAUGUAUGUGUUGGUUGAUUUAGGAAAUAAAAUAAUAGCAUCUUCUUUCAUAACUGAUGCUUUAAAUAAUUAUUCAGAUAAAUUACAAUCAGUUUUCCAAGUUAAUGAUUAUGUUUCUGCUAAAGUUUUAGAUGUUGAUUUAGAUCAAAAUAAAGUCUCAGUUAGUUUGAAAACUAGUGAGGUUACCGAUAAAACUAUCAAUACAAUUGAUGAUUUAAAACGUGGAGAUAUCGUUAAAGGAUUCAUUAAAAAUGUAAGUAACAAUGGUGUUUAUAUAUCAUUAGGUAGAUCUAUCUUUGCAUUAGCUAGAAUUUCAGAUUUAAGUGAUUCAUACCUUAAAGAUUGGAAAAAAUUCUUUAAACCAAAUCAAUUAGUUACAGGUAAAAUAGUAAAUUGUAAAGAAGAAGGUAGAAUAUUAAUAACAUUAAAAGAAAGUGAAAUUAAUGGUGAUUUAAAAAUUUUAAAAACUUUUGAUGAUUUAUCAAUUGGUGAUAUAUUUGAAGGUAUUGUUACAAAACCAACUGAAUUUGGAGUAUUUGUUAAAUUAAAAGGAACUGUAAACAUUAGUGGAUUAUGUCAUCAUUCUGAAAUUUCUGAAAAUCAAGAUAUAAAAGAUCCAAGUUUAUUAUUUGGAGAAGGUGAUUUAGUUAAAGUAAAAAUUUUAAAAAUUGAUGAUAAGAAAAAACAAUUAUCUUUAGGUAUGAAAGCUUCUUAUUUUGAUGAUACAAAUGGUAAUGAUAAGAUCACUGAAGUUGAUGAAGAUGUUGAAAUGGCUGAUGCAGAUGAGGAAGAUGACGAAGAAGUAGAAGUAGACGACGAAGAAAGUGAAGAGGACGAUGAAGAUGAAGAUGAGGAUGAAGAAGAAGAUGUAAUUAUAGACGCAGAAGAAGAAGAAAAAGACAGCAGUGAAGAUGAAGAUGCAGAUGAAGAUGAAGAAAUGUCAGAAGUUGAUGAAGAUUCAAAACCAUUACAAUUAUCAACUAAUGGGUUUGAUUGGACAGCAUCAAUUUUGGAUCAAAAUGAACAACAAGAUUCGUCAUCAGAUGAAGAAGAUUAUGAAGAAGAAAAUUCAAAAUCUAAUAAAUCUAAAAAACAAAAACAAAAACAAGUUGAAGAUAAAACAAUAGAUUUAAAUACAAGAUUACCACAAUCAAAUUCAGAUUUUGAAAGAUUAAUUUUAGGUAAUCCAAAUAAUUCAAUAUUAUGGAUGAAUUAUAUGUCAUAUAAUUUACAAUUAAGUGAAAUUGAUAAAGCAAGAGAAAUUGGUGAAAGAGCUUUAGAUACAAUAAAUUAUAGAGAAGAACAAGAAAAAUUAAAUAUUUGGAUUGCAUUAUUAAAUUUAGAAAAUUCUUUUGGUACAGAAGAAUCAUUAGAUUUAAUAUUCAAAAAAUCUUGUCAAUAUAUGGAUUCUUUUAUAAUGUAUCAAAAAUUAAUUAAUAUAUUAAUAAUGAGUGAAAAUUUUAUAAAAGUUGAAGAAAUUUUCAAGAAAUUCCUUAAAAAAUUUAGUCAAAAUGUAACAAGUUGGAUAAUAUAUGGAUCAUAUUUAUUAGAUCAAGAAGAAAGUUCCAAAUCAAAUAAAAUAAAUGAAGUAUUAUCAAAAGCAUUAACUAUAUUACCAAAAUCUCAACAUAUAGAAUUAAUUAAAAAUUUUGCAAUAUUAGAAUUUAAAAAGGGAGAUUUAGAAAAAGGUAGAUCAUUAUUUGAAGGAUUAAUAUCAGAUUUACCAAAAAGAAUUGAUUUAUGGAAUAUUUAUAUUGAUCAAGAAAUUAAAAUUUCUAACAUUCUAAAAGAUAUUAAUAAUAAAUUACAAAUUGAAAAUUUAUUUGAAAGAAUUUUAGAAUUGAAAAAAAUUUCAAGAAAACAAGUUAAAUUUUUUUUUAAUAAAUGGUUAAAAUUUGAAGAAGAAUUAAAAGAUGAUAAAAUGAUUAAUAAAAUUAAAGCUAAAGCUAUUGAAUAUGUUUCAAAAAAUGAAAAUAAUACUAAUAAUGAAUAG